AUUGAAUUGUUGAGGAAUUCUUCUGAAACCCUUCUAAUCCAAAUUCGCACCAGAAAAUUCCCAUUCCAAAUCCAAAUUCGAAGAUAAGUAGGUUGUGACACAUGCGUUCCUCAAUUCAAAUCCGACACACCCAAAUUUGAUAAACUCAUAUAUCUUUACAAUAUCAUAAAUACUGUGACCUAGAUUAAUUUUGUUAAUUAAAAAUAAAAUUAUAAUUCCAGCCUUUUAUACUACUUUCAUCGACAAUUUCUCUAUAAUAAAAUUUAAAACUAAAAGGAAAGCAUAAAAUUAAAUUAUUUUUAAAAAAAAUAGUGUUUUACGUAAACCCUAAAAACCAAAAACUUAAAAAAAAAUUAAAAUUAAAAUUAAAAUCCGGUGAUGUUUGAAGCUUGAUCCCGGCAGUGGAGAGGGUGGACAGUCGUGAAGAAGACACUGGACCUGUCCACGUCCACCAUCCCGUCGCCGCCGCACAUCACAAAUCUUGCCAACCGCCGUGAACUGCGGACCGCCUCACUCCGCUAGCGGGAAUCUAAUGGGUUCAGAAGCUGAAACUCUUGAAGAGAAGCUGACAACUCUGCUUGCUCAGCUCCAAACAGAGUGUGGCAUUCUUGAAAGAAUGGUCUACAAAAACAAGAAUCAACAUAGGCGUUGCUCUUAUUUCCAGUACUUACUCAAGGUAAGGAGAAAUUUGAGACUUCUACAAUCAGCUAAGUUGGGAGAAAUUCUGAGUUCUUGCUUCCAAGUUAUCACAGGGAAGAGACCUAAACGAAAGAUUCAUCUUUUAGAAAGUUUGAAGAGAGGGAAAUUUGAAGUUGAAAACUAUCAUUUCAUGGAGCGUCUGUUAGGAGCUGCACGCCUUCUGUCUCAGAUGGUUGAGCCAAUUCUGAAGGCAGCUGUUGAGAUAUCUGUCUUGCUGGCUCAAUCAUUCUUCAUGGGAUUUUGUUUGACGAUUUUGGCUUUGCUUGCACGAAUUCGUGUUUUGGUUCAACAGAUAUUACUUGAUGUUGUUUCAGUAUUCAACACGGUUUCUUCUCUCUCACGAAAGAAACAAUCUGUAAAAAUAACUGAAGAUGGACUUGAGGUUUUCAGGGAGGUUUUCCCAACAAAAGAGGAAUUUCUUACUUUGGAAUGUGUGUGGGAAUCGGAUAAAUUCAUAUUACUUGAACGGAUGCAAAAGAGUAAUAUUGCAACUCAUGAAGUAGUAGAGUUUGAUGAACAAAUUUCUUCACAUCCAUCAUCUGUACAGUAUAAAAGUAUCGAGUCUUUUCUUGGAGAAGGUGAGCUUCCUUCCAAGGGAGUGAAUGAAGAAUGCACAACCGAAAAAGAUCCGAGUCAUGUUAAGGAGAAUACAGCUGAUUUGCUUCCAAGCCCAUCUAUUAAAGACGAGAAAGAGAAGCUAGAUGAAGGUUGUCUUAAGGUAGGAGGAGAUGCAUCGAGCAUUGCAGAUAGAGAUUGCACCGGCAAGAAAGUCCCUCAAGGUGACUUGCUUUCAUGCUCAUCCUUUUCUUCAAAUACUUUGAAACCGAAGCCUAUGUCAAGAAAAGUAGCUUUUGUAGCGGUUAAAAAUCCAGUUCCAUUGACAACAAAUGCAACGGGAACUGAUUUCAAGGGAGCUGAAAGCAAGAGUGGUGACAAGGAAGACUCGUUUUUCAGCUUACUCACUGGUGGACAUGUUAAAGAUAGUCUGCUUUGAUCACUCUUCAAUAUUUGAUUUUAUUCCUCUGUUGCUUGAUCUAUUGAAUUCGUAGGAAAAGUUUUUUUUUCCUUAGAUAAAUUUAAGUCAUUGGUAUAUGAAUAAUGCUACACAUAUUCAUAAAUUAUACUUAAUUAAUGAUAAUUACACAAUUCACAUUA